AUGAAUUAAUUUAAUAAGGAAGAGUAUUUAUUUUUAGCUAAGAUCGCUUAAUAGACGGAAAGAUUUAAUGAUAUGAUUGAAUUUGUUAAAUAAAUCGAUGAAUUAGAGCUUACUAAAGAGGAGCGUAAUACUCUCCAAUCUGCUUAUAAUAAUGUGGUAUUGAAAUCAUUAAUUAGCAUUAGAUUGGUAUUAAAAGAGCAGAGUUAAGAGUACUUUAGGAAAUUGAAGAAAGAGAAUCAAAUAGAUAGAGUGAUGGAUAAGUCUUACUAUAUAUUAAGAAUUAUCUAAUUAAAAUAGAAAAAGAGUUGCAGUAGAAAUGCCAGGAGAUAAUUAUAUUGGUCAGAGAUAAAUUAUUAUAAAAUGCAAAAUAAACUGAAAGCAAAGUGUUCUAUUUAAAAAUGAUUGGCGAUUAUAAUAGGUAUUUGGCAGAAUUCCAUUUGGAGAAUGAUUAACACAAUUCAAUUGAUCAAGCAAAAGAAGCUUAUAAGUAUUGAUCAUUUAGAAUUAGAGAAGCCGUUCUCAUGGCAUAAACAAAAUUGUCUCCAACAUUGCCUUUGUAUUUGAGGUUAAUGCUAAAUACUUCUGUAUUUAUUUGCGAUAUUCUAUCCGAUGUUGAAGGAGCCAAAGAAUUAGCAAAGGAGUCUUUUGAAAAAGGAAUAUUAUUUUUGGACCAUGUCAAAGAGGAGAAUAUCAAAGAUUACUAAUGUUUGUUACAAUUGCUGAGUGAUAACAUACAACUUUGGGAAUAGGAAACUAAUCUAGAAAUGAAUAUAUUAAAUUAAUAAUGAA